AGAGUUGAGGAGAGACACAUGAUUGUUCUCUCAAAGGGGAUAAACAUUUCAACUGUGGAAGACAACUGAAAAGACUGGAAACUCCAAUUAAAUGAGGAAUAUUGGACGUGCAGGACAGCUUUCAAAAGGAAAACUGAUGUAAAGAACUGUGGAUACCAAUACAGGUAUUUUGUGGAGUUGCUCUAUGCUUUCCUUCUAAGUAUUUCAUAACAUAAAACCAUACAAACUGAGCAUUCUUCAGUAAUUCAGGACUGUUUUUCUAUACAAAUGAAUUUUUUCCUGCCUGUUGCACAUGGAUGGAUUAACAAGGUGAACUUGGAUUUUUAUGGACACACAAACACACGGCUGACAAGAAAGUUUUCACUCGGUAAAUAUAAAUUUACCAGCCUGGUCUAAAGAUGUAUAACAACACCCUACAAACUCUCAACACCACUACACUGGGUGUCACUCAAAAUUACAUGAACUGCAAUAAGAGUGAUGACUUCAAGUACCCUCUGUACAGCUCGGUUUUCAGCCUGGUGUUUGUGGUUGGACUUUUCUUCAACAUGGUGGCUGUGUACAUUUUUGGCUGUACACUGAAACUGCGAAAUGAGACCACGACAUACAUGAUGAACCUUGUUGUCUCCGACUCUCUCUUUGUUCUCAGCUUGCCUUUUCGGAUUGUUUACUUCAUUAAACGUGAAUGGCUAUUUGGAAGUGUGCUCUGCAAGAUCUCUGUGGCGCUUUUCUACACCAACAUGUAUGGCAGCAUCCUCUUCCUCACCUGCAUCAGCGUCGACCGUUUCCUGGCCAUUGUGUACCCGUUUCGGUCCCAGAAUAUUCGUACUAGGAGGAAUGCCAAACUGGCCUGCUGUACAGUGUGGGUGAUGGUUCUUUCAGGAAGUAUACCCACGGGGUUUCUCUUGGACACCACUUCACCCAGAAAUGCCAACUCCUCCUCAAACUUCUGCUUUGAAAACUACUCCAAAAAACAGUGGAAGUCUGAGCUGUCCAAGGUGGUGGUGUUUAUUGAGACUGUGGGCUUCAUUAUCCCGUUAUUGGUCAAUGUGUUCUGCUCGGUCACGGUUCUACGGACACUGAGGAAACCACAAACCAUUAGCCGUGGAGGGAACCUCAACAAGGUAAAAAUCUUGAGGAUGAUCCUUGUGCAUCUGCUCAUCUUCUGCUUCUGUUUUAUUCCCUACAAUGUCAAUCUCAUCUUCUACGCCCUGGUCCGCUCCAAUGUCCUGAAGGGAUGCUACGCAGAAUAUGUGGUCAGAACCAUCUACCCCAUUGCUCUGUGCAUAGCAGUAACCAACUGUUGCUUUGAUCCAGUCAUUUACUACUUCACGUCAGAGACCAUUCAGAGCUCCAUCAAACGCAAGUCCACAGUAUGGCACAAUGGUGCCAAGCUACUCGACAGACUAAAUAUGGACAGCACACAAAGUAGUCCAAAUACAAAAACAAAAAGCCAGACCCUGAGGUCUCUGAGAUCCAAUAUGUUUGUCAAUGAGUCAACAGUCUAAUAACAACUCUAUUGUGACUCUAUUAUGUGGCAUGAUAAUUCAGUGUGUAUUGCUGGUGAAACUCCAUUUGGAUCUGGCGGCAGCAGCGUGGUCUAGAGGAUCAUAACAACACAUAAGCACAAUGGUUGCUAAGGAGUUACUCUCUCAGUGUCUACUAGACACAACAGACAGUUUACACCGGGACUUAUGACACUGAUCUCUAGUCAGUCAAUAAACGAGUGUAGCAACUUUGAAAAUAAUAAAGUGUGUUGCAGUAUAAAUACCCUUUAUCAAAGUGACAAUUCACAAUGCGCAAGCUGGAAAACUCUAUUAAAGAAUGAGUUAUGAGUUCUUAAUGUGCAUUAGUGGAAAUGACAGGUGUGUGUGCCCAGUCGUGUGGAUGGUGCUGCAAGUUUUAGCUUUUGCACAUGACAUUUAAUUAUAGUGUUAUUCCUCAGCACAGAUUCUCGUAUAAGAAAGUUCGUAUUUAGCAACUGUGAACCAGUAUUACAGUUUUUUUUAAUGUACUGUGCAGUGCAGUUUCUAAGUAUUUGUGGCCUCACUAAGGCUUUUAAGCACUUUAUAGAGCAGCAUGUUCUAUAACUGUAUUCACCCCUUAUACUGAAAACAAAUACAUUUUUUUUGAGUUUUAAUUUCACUACUGGUUUGACAGAGUGGCGUGUUGUGAAAUGUUUGACAUUAUCAGGGUAUCAAUUGUCUCUGUGGGUGCCACCAAAUCAUUUGUCUAGACUGAUGAGUCAUACAGUUAGUAGCAACACAGGUACAGGUGCUGUGGUUGGCCAAUGUCAUGAAUGCACAAUGACUCAAUAAAUUUCAAAUACACAUUAAAGGUUUGGUCAAUGAUUGACAGCUGAAUGAGGCAACACUGCAUUUCCACUGCCAAUGGCCUUGUCUACAUUACUGGUCACUUCUGUAGAAAAUAGCGAGGGUCAAAACAUAAAGACAUGAAAACAUGUCAAAAAUUCAGAAUCUGGUCUGCUGAAUUUCUGCAUUGAAAACAAAACUGGAGUAUGUUGAAAUUAAAUUCAAGGCGAGUUACAACAUGAGGAAUUUUCAAUCAAUUCUUUUUCACUGAUAUGAUUUUGCUAGUUUACGAAGAAGUAAAUGUGAAAACACAGCGCACAGUGCAAAUGGAAUAUGGUGCAGCUUGAAUGCAUGUGAAAUAUUUGUCCCUUCUUGUAAAAGCUGUGUGCUGCAAGACCGAGCACUGCUGCAUUCCUGUUGAGAGGCGUUGCCUGAGGGUCUGCACUGACUAGGGUAGCCUCAUCAUCACCAUGCACGGAUGAAAGAUUGUGAAACUGAAGCAGGCGAGCAACAACAUGCCUCCUAAGGGAGAAGAACAUUUACAAAGUAGAAGACAGGCUACAAAGAUCCAGUGAAUCCAGAUUCGGUGAAUAUUGCAGAAUGUAAACUUAAACUGGCAUCUGAGAUAAAUAGAAUAGGCAAUUUCUGAAGACUUAUUUUUCCAUGUUUGGACUCCUGACAUUACUACGUGAACACUACCACACCUUCACCCAGCACAACUGAAAUGUUUGUACUGGAUAAAUAGUUUUGCGUGGAAAAAGUCCGUCUAACUCAAGGUUGACACGAUAAUCACAUAGACUUGUGAUCCUCUGAUAAUAGUAUAUCAUAAACAAAAGUAAUUAUAAUGAUUAAUAAUGAUUGAUACAUUUUACUGUGUGUGAAGAGUUUUUGUGGAAUUGAAUAGUAAAAACACAUGAUCCCAUUUCUGUUUGUAUUGAUAAUUGUAACA